AUGGAAUCAUUUCCAAGUUACGACGGUUCUUGCCAUCCAGUCGAUUGGGUUAACAAUUUAAAAUUCGUUGCAGCACUUCAUGGAAUAACAUCAGAGACCGUCCUAGUAGACCUAGCGCUUCUUAAAAUAAGUCGAGCGAUUCAAAAUAAUAGUAGUGGAUCUAUAACAAAAUUCUCGGAAGUAAUUGACCUCCUAAAGACAGAUUCAUCGUAUAAGAUUUUCAAAUUGACUUCAGAAAAAAAACUUUCAACACUACGAUUUACGCAUUUAUGUGAUGUCAGAGAUUUUAUUGUUGAACUACGACAAUUACUAAGUGACGCUGAAAUUUUUGAUUUAAAUACACAAAAAAAAUAUAUUAUAAAAAUUUUAUCUAGCAAAUUGCUGGCUAAAAAUUUUAGUUCAAAAAUUGCAAAUGCAACAUCUGCUGAUGAAGUUUUCAUUAAUCUUCAAGAAUCACUUCAUAAGCUUAAACGUGUAGUUAAAUAUGGGUCUGUAAUUACUUUGUACCACGUCGAUACUAAUAAGAUUUUAUCGAGAACAUUAAAUAAAUAUAGCGGCGGUUCAAAGCAAUAUUGG